CUUAUCGAUGUCUUAUUUUCAAAACAUACUUUUUAUUGCAGAUAAUUGCCGAAUACUGCAGUUUUUGGAUGCCAAAGAUGGCUCAGCGCUGGAAAAACACGUCAUACGAACAAUUGCCUUAAACUCUGAGCAUUCGUGCAGAGUUCAGUGUUAUCUGGAGAACGCAUGCGUAUCGUACAACUUUGGAAAGAGAGUAACAGGAGAUGAGGUCUGUGAAUUAAACAAUUCGACAGACAUACAACAUCCGGAUGAUUUAAAGCCGAGAGUGAAUUUCAUUUAUCGUGGAGCUGAGGUAUAUAAAAGUUUCCUAUAAUUUUACAAUUUUUUUUGUACCCAGAAAAAGGAUCUCAUUGGAGAUAACCGUCAGCCGUUAAGCGGCCAAAAAGUUUAGCCAUAGAAAUAAGCGUAAAUAUUGACAAAUUCUAACUGUUACUCGUAAAGAGACUUUCCCUGUUAAAAUAAUUGUUUUAUUAUACAUUUUUUUAUAACAAUCUGAAAAAGAAAACACUUCUCUCUGGGGUUUUUUUUUUUGAGAACACCACGCGGACGAGGGACUUAGAGGCAAGGCAGACUUUGAAAUCGACAUAAUAACCCAAUUUCUGUUGCAGACAUUAAGUUGUCAUGUCAACUUCAUUCGUCAUUGUAAUUGAAUGUAUGCUGUCGUCCAAUCAGAGUUUUCAUAGUUUAAUGUAUAAUAAUGGAAGUUAUCGACAGUUAGCCGUAAAAUGGCCAAAAUUUUUUAUCGUUAGCCGUAAAAGCCACUACCCCAUUGGUACCCUAUCAUAGAACUAUCAUAAAAGCCCCCUUCUAUGAAGGCUUGUCGCUUUAUUCAAAGGACAGUUUCAGGGCUAGAAUUUAUGUCACUUCAACACAAGUUUCCCUUCAAUGAAAGUAACAGAUACAAAGUCAUAGCAGUCGGACCAUAUAUAAUUUUACAAAGGGGCUAAAUGAUUUCUCAUUAGAGCUGUUCAAUAUUGUAGUUCCUCGUUGAUGCGGACACUGCAAUCAGCACAUGUCGGAUGAUUCAUGCCCUGGCCCAAUUAUAUUGUCAUGUUCUUGGGCAAGACACAUUACUGUUACAAUGCCUCUCUCCACCCAGGAACAUGAAUGAUUAAAAACUAUCAGAUCAGCAUAUUCCGAUGAAGAGCUGCAGUUCUUCAUGUCACUUCAUUCGAGGGAAACUGAGAAAAGCUAUGGCAAUUAUGAGCUACAGCUCGCAAACCUUAACCUUUUAUCAUUCCAGAAAGAAUUACGUUCAUAGAUUCUUUUCGUACUUUCCCAUAAUCCUCCUUUCCCCUUCAGUCUGAUUUGAAUGUUUUUUUCCAUUUAUCAUUUCCCAGAACUCAUGUGGAACCACGCCUAGUAUGAAUGGUGGGACAUGUCAAUCCAGGUUUUUACCACACGGGUACCGCUGCCUUUGUGCUGCAGGCUUUAGUGGGUUAAAAUGCGAAACAGGUAAGAUAUUUGAAAGGAAUGGGAUAACGCCAUCUGAAAUCCAAGUUAUCCUCUUCAGCCUAUGACUAUUUUGGCUCGUUUAAAACGAUACUUUCCUGAUAUCAUCAGGUGUAUGACUGUUUCGAAGGACCUUAAAUGUUCAAGUAUCUCAAAACGUCAUCAGUUCUAGGUUUUGAGCGACUCUGAAUCUGAAGGAAAUAUAGACCCAUCUUUUUUGCAAAUUCUCCCCACCCCCACCCCCCAAAAAAUUGUUUCGGUGCCCAUGUCCUCGCUUUCGCCAUCUUUUAUGAGAUAUCAGAACAUUUCGCUUUUCAUAAAGCCAAAUGAUUGAGUAUUCCUUUACUUUUUCAUUUUUAGCUGCCUCAGAAUGCAAUCAGUACAAGAUUCUGAAUGACUCCGAUCGACACAGUGAUUUUGGUCGCGGUAACCAAAAAUGUGAUAAAUAUUUGAUAGGAGACUGGUACAGAUUCUCGGCGGGGGCUGGAACAAGCAUAGCCACAAAAUGCAUUUCAAAAGGCCAAAGAUGUGGAACGGACUUGCCGGGGUGGAUGAACGGAACACACCCAACAGUCGAUGAAGGAGUCGUUUCCAGAAAAGUUUGUUUUAGUGGCUAUCGCAACUGUUGUUACCGCAACGUUACGAUCAACGUACGGAAUUGCAGCUCUUUCUUUGUAUACAGAUUGAAACCACUUUCAUAUUGUAAUAGCCGGUACUGUGGGAAAAGUUAGAAGUUUAUGGACAAACUUCGGUUUGUCCUAAAUGACAUUUAAACUAUGGAGACAAAAUCCUCACUUUUUGUUGGCUGUCUUAGACGACUAUCUUAGACUUUUAACUGCCGCAAGGUAUA